AUGCCGCCGAUGCCGCCUUUACCAGCUUCAAGAGUACAAGAAUCAUGUGCGUUUCCAAGGUCAGGAGUGGAUUAUCUUGGACCAUUACUGGUGAAAACUGUUGAAGGACCGAAAAAAGUGUGGCUGUGUUUGUUUUCUUGUAUGGUUACCAGAGCUGUGCAUUUGGAAGUGAUUCAGGAUAUGACUUCAAACGAGCAAAACAUUGGAUCUCAUAUGGAAAAUGUGACAAAAUGUGCAGUCAUAUGUGUCAUCUACUGGGAUAAACUGGCAUUUCAUGGUGGAGUUAGCGCCCUGGAUGGGGGAUUUUACGAAAGACUUGUUGGAUUUGUUAAACGUGCUUUGCGAAAGACUCUUGGUAGAAAAAUGCUAACUCUGUUUCAGAUGCAAACAUUGAUAAAAGAGGUAGAAGCUGUAGUGAAUUCAAGACCCUUAGUUUACGUGUGUGAUGACGUAAAUUCCGACAUCACUCUUACUCCAAGUCAUUUCCUGACACCAAACCACACACAGGUAUCCCAGAAGCCAGUAUGGACAGCUCAGAUUUGGAAUACAACCCUUACGAAAGUUCAAGUGACCAUUUGCUGA